UGUCCGUAUGGACUCCGGGCAUACUUGUUGAUCUUCAAGGCGAAACCCUGACUGCGAUAUGCGGGGCAGGAAACCGGCGGGUAGGCAGUAAAUCGUGCUGAGGAUCUCUCUGCCAUGUCGGAGGCACAGGAGGGGGAAUGAAUUGGGUUAGACCAUGGCAAUAGUAAACCAAUAACGUCGUCUCCUUUUUAAAAAAAAUGCUACUGCUUCAUCUCCGUUUGUGCCAGCGGAUUGAUUGUACACGGAGCGGUACGUGCUGGUUUGUUUCAGUGCAGGAUGACAACAACUCACUACGAUACAAUUAUGAAAGAAAACAGGACCAACUCUAGUCCAUAGCCCUGGAUGUUUGCCUGAUUCCUCAACCUACAGUCAUCAUGGAGAAAUCCUUGGCAGAGUUAAAUAAAGCCGGCUCCCGCUCAACAUCAUCGCUGCCACCUGAACCGGUGGACAUCAUUCGCAGCAAGUCAUGUUUCCGCAGAGUCAGGCUGAAUGUUGGGGGUCUCCCCCAUGAGGUUUUGUGGCGAACAUUAGAUAGGCUACCACGAACACGUUUGGGAAAGUUAAGAGAUUGCAACACCCAUGAAUCUCUGAUGGAAGUGUGCGAUGACUACAACCUCGAGGAGAACGAGUACUUUUUUGACCGACAUCCAGGGGCGUUCACGUCAAUUCUGAACUUCUACCGCACGGGUAAGCUGCACAUGAUGGAAGAAAUGUGCGCCCUGUCGUUCAGUCAAGAACUCGACCACUGGGGCAUUGACGAGAUCUACCUAGAGUCGUGUUGCCAGGCUAGGUACCACCAGAAGAAGGAGCAAAUGAAUGAGGAGCUCAAGCGAGAGGCCGACAACAUGAAGGACAUAGAUGGAGAAGAAUUUGACAACACUUGCUGUGCCGAAAAACGAAAGAAGCUUUGGGACCUCCUGGAAAAGCCAGGCUCAUCUGUUGCAGCAAAGAUCCUGGCCAUUAUCUCCAUCCUCUUCAUCGUUCUAUCCACCAUUGCCUUGUCUCUGAACACCCUUCCAGAGCUGCAGGACACGGAUGAGUUUGGCCAGUCUUCAGACAACCCACAACUGGCCCAUGUGGAAGCUGUGUGUAUUGCCUGGUUUACCAUGGAGUACCUUCUUCGCUUCCUCUCCUCCCCCAGCAAAUGGAAGUUCUUUAAGGGUCCUCUGAACGUCAUUGACCUGUUGGCCAUCUUGCCAUACUACGUCACCAUCUUCUUGACAGAAUCCAACAAGAGUGUACUGCAAUUUCAGAAUGUCCGCCGCGUGGUUCAGAUUUUUCGUAUCAUGCGUAUCCUACGUAUUCUGAAGCUGGCUCGUCACUCCACAGGUCUUCAGUCUCUAGGCUUCACUCUUAGGAGGAGUUACAAUGAGCUGGGCCUGCUUAUUCUUUUCCUAGCCAUGGGCAUCAUGAUCUUCUCCAGUCUUGUGUUCUUUGCUGAGAAGGAUGAGGAGGAUACAAAGUUUAAAAGCAUUCCAGCUUCUUUCUGGUGGGCUACUAUUACUAUGACCACAGUAGGCUACGGAGAUAUUUACCCAAAAACUCUACUGGGAAAGAUAGUGGGGGGUUUAUGCUGCAUAGCUGGAGUGCUUGUGAUUGCCCUACCAAUUCCCAUUAUUGUAAAUAACUUUUCUGAAUUCUACAAGGAGCAGAAGAGGCAGGAAAAAGCACUUAAGCGAAGAGAGGCCCUAGAGAGGGCAAAGAGAAAUGGUAGCAUUGUCUCAAUGAACUUGAAAGAAGCGUUUGCUCGUAGUGCAGAACUGAUGGAUGUGGUGGUAGAGAAGAGUGAGAGGCCCCAUGACAACCAUCUCUCUCCAAACCGUUGGAAAUGGACCCCCAAGAGGGCUGCAUCAGAGACAAGCUCAAACCGUUCUUUCAACGCCCAGGAGCUAGGCUCACCCAACAAGGCCGGAGCCACCAGUCCCCAGAGGCUGAAUGUUCAGAAGCUCGAGGAGAUGUACAACCAGAUGGCCAUGACACAAUCCCAGCCAAACCUCAAUGCUAAAGAAAGGGGCUCCAGAAUUGGCAAACAGAGGGAUGAGAUUGAGCUGGGGGCCAUCCAAGAUCACAGGCCACCUAUAGGAGCCAGAGAAGGAGUGGGGGACAUGAAAAGCUUGUCCAGCAUAGACAGUUAUAUCAGUUGUGCUACAGACUUCCAGGAGAAUCCACGCUACCCCCAUAGUCCAGCAAUGGAACUUGGUCUUCAAGAAAACAACCGGUUCUCCCACAGUCCGGCUACAGCUCUCAACAGGUUCUCCCAGCACAGUAGUGCAAAAUCAGGCCAAAAAUACAUCGGGGAGCGUGAGCCUAUUCUCACUCCCGUGUCUAUCACAAAGCCCUCCUGCACAGAGAACACACGGAGAUUCUUCUUUUCUGGCAACUCCUCAAAAAGCCUUAUCCCCAAAGGAGGCUGUCACAGCGAGGGGGGUUCAGGCCCGUCCCCUCUCUCAGACAGCUCAGUCAUGUCGGACCAGUCUCUAUUAAGCCCUGAAGUUUCUGUCUACACCACUGCCAGCAGCAGAACUCCACCAAAGUCCCCAGAUAGCACUACCCUGGCAGCAACUGUCUUCACCUUUCACGACUCCUCCAUCAGCAAAUACAUCGACGCUGAUACAGAUGAUGACGAGCACCUCCGUGACAUCUCUGAUGUCAGUCCCUCAGAGCGUCUUUUGGCUGGUUCAAGCCCAAAACGAAGCCUUACCAUCAAUUAUCAGAAAGGCUGCAACCAUUUAGAAGCAGCCCAGAAAAUGCUAGGCCAGAACUGUCUAUUCCCCAUUGAAGGGAUUCGUGGGGUGGCUCAUGAAAAUCACGUAGGACCUGAGAUGGCACGAAGACCAAAGGUUGAGAGGGGGCAUCAAAAUACUUUGGACAAAAACCUCUGAAGUACAAGUGCAGCAGAAAUAAACAGGAACAUGGGGCCAGAGUGUUUGUGAUGGAGACACCAGACAAACUUAAAACACUCUAUAAGACAGAGAAAAAGGAAGCGAGAGAGACAGAGGGUCUCACCGAAACAUUUCACAAAUUACCUGAGCAUGCCAUUGGGCACUAAGCUAGUGAAUAGUGAAUAGUGAAUACUCUGGGAGAAAAACACUUCUAGUUUGGAGAAUGUCACUGCCCCUCCUUCAACUCAUUCCUGAUAGUGUUAUUACACAAAACAAAAGCACUCCGUGCAGGUAGCCAACGGGUCUGUUCAGAGAUCCACGUGGAAGCAGAGUCACCAGAGAAAUUGACACGUGGUUAUAACUGGUGUAACCAAACUGAAUGAUGGUUUUAGCGGCUGGGGGAUUUCUCUAAACUCUCUAGGAAAAUAAAAUCCCAGCUGCCCACUAUCCCAUUACUGAGUCCCAAUUAAUUUUGUAGUCAUGGAGAUACAGGAGAGGACCUAGAAGCCUAUAAGCUACUUACUUGUGCCCUCCAUUCCCAAAACUGGCCUUAGUCAUUUACAUUUGUAGGGGUGUGCAUAUCUGCAUAUACUGUAAGCGUGUGUGUGUGUGUGUGUGUGUGUGUGUGUGUGUGUGUGUGUAUGCAUGUUGUGAGUGAGUGUGAAUGUUGAUGGGUGAACUAAUGGUAAGUCCUAUACACUCUUGAGAUUGUCUUACCUGAUUUAUUUUUAUAUAGCUUAGAUAAGAGAAAGUUAAUUAUAGAAAUGUGUGAUUUGCUAGUCUGCUGUGUCAUAUGUGAAGAGUAAUCCUGUGUAAGGUUCAAUGUCUUGGCACAGAGGCUACAGUUAUUGGAGGCUCUAGCCAAUCAUCCAUUAUAAGGAGUGCUCUUUCUUAAAUAGUAUUUUGCUAUUUCCCCCCCCCCCCCGUUAUCAUGUCAUGGUGAGAAUGGCCAAUACUUUCAAAUCUUGACCAGUGAAUAUUGUUGUUGCCCCUCAGUAUCAUUUUUUAAGGGAUGGUAGUGGACCAAGAACUUUUGACAUGGGCUAACAUAAGAUAAGAGCCAGAGGUAAUAAGCUUGAUAGCUGCAUAAAGCGCACAUUUAUGGAGCAUGCAUUCACCCAACCGGUCAACAUACAAAAACAUGAGACGUUUUUAAAAAAUGAAACAGAUGAAAAACCUCUAAUAUCUUUUUUCUUUUUUUUUUUUUUAUGUUUACCAUAUAUGUUUACUGACAUAAAGUUUAGAUUUCAGUAACAGAUGUUUAGCAUGCAUUGGCCUCCCUUUGACCAACACGAAAGCGUCCAAAGGGAUCACACUCUCAGAUAAUGGAAUAUACGUGUAUUUAUAGCAGGGGAGAUUUACAUCUCGUCUUUGUUCCUUUAAUCAUCAAAAUAAACUUUAAUGGCACUCAAUAUACACCGCCAGGUUAACUUUACCAUAAGUCAGAGUUGUAAAUGCCUGGCCUAAUGAAACCCAUGCAUGAGCACACACACACACCCACUAAAGAUACACAGGGAUGAAAGACAAUGUUCAGGAUACAUAGAUAUACAUUUAGUUUCCAUGGUGACAGCAGCUUUUGUCAAAGGCUGGCAACAGCUCAGCAACGGUUUGUUAAUAGGGGCGGGAAGGUCCGAUUGCAUGUAACUUAUGUUCAGCACAUAUACAGUACAAGAACACGCACAUAGGCAUGUGCCCAUUAAUUGACAGUAUGCAGUCACAUGUUAGCAGAGCCACUCCUCACUGUGCAUAUUUAUGAGUACUGUGUAAAAGUAACAUUAUGAUGUAAGGACCUUGUACGUUUGUUAUGUUAAUGUAUAAAAUCUCUGUAGCAUUUCAUAAAUACUACAAGUCCCCUGAAUGCAUUCUCUAUUAUCUGUUUAUAUUUCAACAUAGCAAAGAGAAACAGUCUUACAUAUCGCUGAUAAUUAAACAUAUUACAUGAACUACCAUACACAGAACAUAGAGGGACAAAAGUGCUGUAUUUUAACCAUAGUCGCAACCUUAAAAAUGUGAAUUAAAUCAUAUAUUAGGAUUGACUUCAUAGACCAAGCCAAUAUAAGCAGAGUUAGUAUAAUGUGUUAAGAACGCACUGUUCCUCCCUCAACCCCAUGAAAUCUAAUUUUGAAUGUGAAGCUACAACAUUUUUGUAAUAUCUUUAAAAAAUUCAGGAGCAGGUAUGUCUUAAAUCAUAAUAACUUUCUGUAAUGUUAACAAGACAUGAAGAAGAACCUCACUGCCGACAAAACCAAUUCUCAAAGAAAAUCAAAGACCAAACUGUAAAAGCUUCCUGGCACAAGUAGAAUAGUGAAAGACACAAAUAAUAGAGUUCAUUGCACUAGUAUAAAUAUAGGUGUUGAGUACAAUGUUAGUCAAAAGUCAAAAGAAGAUGAUCGACAAAUGUAUUUUGGUGGUGUUGUUGUUAAGAGUCUAAUCACAAACCCUGAUUUCAUUUCCUGUUUUAAUCACAGAGUUGAACCAUUUCAUAUUGCUCUCCCAUAGUGAGAGGAGCUGAGGUGUGAAAGGAAUAGCAAUGACUGUGAGAGGCAGAGGGAACCGUGUGUGUGUGUGUGUGUGUGAGAGAGAGACAGCAGUGAAGCCAGGGCAUUAGAGCAGUGUCGCUGCCGCUUAAUGGGAAAGAAUGAGCUGCAUGUCGGGGGGGGGGGGGGGGACCUGCUUCUGUUUUAUCCCAUAUUCUAUCUGCAGUUCUGACUAACAUGCAACUGUAACACAAAUUGCAAAUCUAAUGAUAUGAGAUAUUAAGAUUACUUUACUUGUAAAGUUCAGGUUCAUUUACUGCUGAGAAGAGGGGAAGCACAUUUUAUGGAUCUUUUCAGAUGACUUCUGGUGAUAUUCAGAAUGUAUAAUUUUUUAGGUCUCCCCAAAAACUUGCUGUGCCUGGCUGCUCCUUUGGUUAUAAUCAUGCAUUAAUUAAUUAUUCCCACAAUAAAUAUCUUCAUAUCACUUUACACGGUGGAAGUGGCACAGGUAAAUUAUACAACAAAAAGAUGUACAUGCAAACUUUGUCUAUUACAUUUCAUUUUCUUUUGGUUAGACGACGUAAGUCUCAACAAGAGAAACAUUUGGUUCAAAGACCAGUUGGAUGUUAGGUCGUGAUUAACUUUUCACUGCGUAUUUAUCUUUAUCUUAUGAAAAGUCCAGGCCAAUGUAUGCCAACAUCUUUUACCCUCUCACACCGAAAUGUCCAUGGAGAUUUAACAAUGUUUUCUUAAGUUGUAAAGAAACACAUUUCAGUCAGUCAGACAUGACCUGAGUCUAUUUAAUCAGUCAAAGAAAUUAAAUUAAAUUUCAUUUAAUUGCAUUCAGAUAAAGGGAAUUGAGAUCACACAACCUCUCAUGGAGCAACAUUUGAGCUUCUGUCCCAUCAUUUAGGUUUUAGUGCACAGAGGUGGAAAGAGUACUAGAGUAAUUGUACUGGUAUAAAUAUAUUCUAAACAUGAUAAGGCCAUGUAGAUUGCAUUAAAUGUCAACUUAUACGCAAGUGGAACAACAUCAGCAAGAAAACCCCUUAUGUCCAAACCAACAAAUGGCCCUCUGCAGACUGUGCAUACAAAUUAUUAUUAAUUAUAUGAAUAUACAUCUGCCUUCCUUGAUAUAGCCUUACAAGAGAGGAAACAAAACGACAAUAAAUAAAACGAGCUAUGGACACCACGUAGUAGAAUAAAUCCCCACUAAAGCAGACAAUGUAGAAACAAUAUAAACAGCAAAGGAGAGACUGCACAGUUUUUGCUCACCGUAAAGCGCGCACAGGCAACCACGUUGAUAGGCAACCACGUGUAACCAGGCUACUCGGACAUGUUAGCUGGUAUCAAAUAGCGUGCUUGCCGGAUGUUGCAUUAAAUUAGUCAUUAAUUAAGAUAGAUGCAACAAUGUUGAAACUAUGCCUAGGUAAUGUUACAAUGCUAAAUAUAAACACAGCCCAUGUGAUCCCUAAUUGGAUUGUGUUUGAAGUGCUAGCCCCAGGCCAUGACCCGUGCAUCAGGCCCGGUGAACGCAAACAUUUAUUAUGGUCAUCAUUUCCGGAGCGUCUCCUUUCUGGAGCUCCGCUCUCCUGCAGCCGCAGACACACACCUGCCACCUCCUCUCUGCUGCAGCUGCUGAUGUAUCUGAUGUUCCAUUCUCGCACAGUUUAUCAGGACUUCAUCAUGUGACUUUUGUUUUUACCCUGUAAGGGAAGCGACUUGAAAUGUAGUACAUUACUUGUGAUAAAUAGUUGGUUAGGCUACUUAAGUUAAAGUCCAAUUACCGAUUCUUUUUAAAAAAAUCACAAAAUACUACUUUGUUUCAGUAAUGAGAGUAAAUGUAUUUCAUUACUUCCACCCCUAAGGACCAUGUUCCACUGAAAUAUCUUCAAUAAUGAUGACAAUCAAUAUUCCAUGAACAGACAGCACGUAUUAUUUUAGAUAACUGAAAUGUGUUAUGGGCAAAUACUACGCAAAUAUACGCACCUAUGAGCAUACACACAGAAAUCCUGAAACUACGAUAAUCUUAAGCUUUUAGACAAGGUAGUGCAAAAGAAACAUCGUGAUUUCAUACAUGACUGUGAUACUGUGACAUGGUACCACCAUAAUUCAAAACUAAAUAUUCAUUUAUUUUUUCAAGUCAUCCUUGCUUUUAUUUCAUUUGGGCAUUUUACUACCCUCCAUUCCCAAGGGAGCCAAUCAUCUAAAAGAGCUUUUAAUUUCACUGAGAUCCUUGUGGAGUAAUUCAAAGGACUAAACCAUCAUGCUUUAUGAAGAAAACACAAUCAGGUGAAUUAUUGAUACAAACUAAGAUGAAGAGCACAUAUUCUCAAACAUUUCAAUAUCAAGGCUCCCACCUGUACUGUAAAUGCAUUUUUUGUAACUUUUAUUCAAAGUUGAUUGUCACUCUAGCUGCUAAAUUUAUCUGUUAGGAGGUUCAGGUCUUUUUUUAUUUUCUGUUAGAACCCCAUAGGAACCUUUUCAAGGAUGUGGUACUUUCCAAACCCAGUGAGAACCACUGCUUUAGCAAGUAUAGCCCAAUUCCACAUACUCUGAAUAUUACACUG